AUGAACAUCGACUUUGUUCCGUCGCCGUUGGCUUCAUCUCCUGAGUCUGUGAAUGGGUUUUGCUUUGAAAUGAAGCCACUGCUUUCCCAACCAAACUACCUUUUUGAAGCAGCGGCAAACGGGCAAGUAGAUGACAUUCGUUCGUAUUUAUCGACGACCAAAAACAAGGCAGACGUAUUGGACCAAAACGGUGAAAGCGCUUUACACCACGCGGCGAAAAUGAACAGAAUUGGAGUUAUAGACUUUAUGGUAAAAGAUGGUGCAACCGUCGAUAUGUUCAGCAAUGAAGGAUUCUCUCCACUCCAUAUAGCUGCAAAGUAAGAGUAUCAAUACUUAUUUCAAAACUCUAUAAAGCUAUAGCAAGCCGUUGGGUUAGCAGUAACUGAAAGUGACGGGUUUACACUGUCGGCCGCGUAGAAUGACUGUGAACGUGACUGGUUAGAGUAAAUCUCUUGAUUACGUUUCAGUUUAGUUCGCUCAGUUAGUGAUCCUAACUGUGCUAACUGGAACUCUAUUCACUCAGAGUAACCCUGAGCUAUUUUAAAAAUUACUAACCUUAAGAGUCAUUCGGUGUCUGGCCGCCGUCGGCCUCCGUUCGCUGUCAAUUACUCCUGCUGACCGUCGUAUAGGCCGGUCUUAGAAGCCGACUUAAUUUCUGUCAUUUCUCUGGUAGCAAUGAAAAACAGAGUUGACUUCCUUAUGUAACAAGCGCGCUUAUCUGGCUAAAUUCAAAUUAAGCGAAAGGAGGCUAAAAAUCGAUGGGGAACUAUGUCCAGGAAGGUCGAAAAAGUUUGUAAAGUAAGCUUCGGGGACGACAACAGACAACGGCUGCCAAAUUGCAAAUGAGCUCGCUGAAAACACUGAGUUUUGCCGGAUAACUUGUUCUUUAAAGCAGUAUGUUUUUGAUUUAAAAAUCAUCGUUUAAGCAACUACCGUAAGCUUUAUGUUUAACCAACUAACGGCAAAUCAUCGUAUCCGUACCGAUUCAAUUCAUUGUAGAGUAGAAUCAACUCUAAGUAAAUUUUUGCGAAGUAAACCCAUAUUCAGAUAAGCAAAAGCAAACAGAAACUUGUUAGGUCAAAUUGACAACGUUUCAUUUAGACGAAUCUGUAACGUAAAGGAUAGUAACUGGUCUUAGAUUACGAUAUCAACCGCUCUGUGAAGCUGGCCACCUUUUUGUAAUGCUACCAGCUUUUAGAUGUUUUAUAGCAACUUUGUUCUUUUUUGCAAAGUAGUUUUCUAAUUAUCAGAGUUGAUUCUACUCUACAAUGAAUUGAAUCGGUACGGAUAUGAUGAUUUGCCGUUAGUUGGUUAAACAUAAGGCUUACGGUAGUUGCUUAAACGAUGAUUUUUUAAAUAAAAAACAUACUGCUUUAAAGAACAACUUAUCCGGCAAAACUCAGUGUUUUCAGCGAGCUCAUUUGCAAUUUGGCAGCCGUUGUCUGUCCGUCGUCCCCUUUUUUCUUUUUUGCAAAGUAGUUUUCUAAUUAUUAUCGCUUCGCCUGCAAACCGAGCAACAGGAAUUAUAUCUCCUGAAUUCAAAAUAACUCACUCACAAUUGCAAGUUACAUUUCACAGCUUUUAAUUAAUCUUUUUGCGAUUCAAAAACAUUGCGACCGGUGCUAAAAGAAAUAAUAAUUUUUAUUAAAAACCCACACUUGUUAGUUAUUACUUUUACUGAUUAUUUUUUAGUGUGAAUCUGGUAACUGCAUUUAUUUUACAAGUUUAACAGAAAUUCAUCUGUAGUCCCCUUUUUUACCGCAAAAUGAAACAUCGGUUGGGACAACACGAUGUCACGCCGCGAAAGUUUAGUACUUUUUCAAUAAAAGAUAAUUAUUUCGUAACAUGGCUAUUUAACAAUUGUUCCUUGAGCCCGAAUGUUUAUUUACUCUCUAUUUACUCAGAGGCCAUGAGGGCGAGAGGAAUAAUUGUUUUAGUAAAAUCCAACUAGUUGGCCAAAAAUAUAGAGACAAAACAACUUUAGCGAUAGUUAAAGCUAGACUUUUUUGCCCCCCAAAAGCCGGCGCUUUUCGCUACUAGUGGGCUAUAACAUAUAGCCUAGUAGUAGCUCAACCAAUCAGAACGCAGCAUCCACUAGUUGGAUUUUACUAAAAGGAUAUAACCAUUUUAAAAGUUUUAAUUAUUAUAAAUAGAACAGCUUUCUUGUUGCGUGUCUGUUUACUCGUCAGGCCUGUUGAUGGUCACAUAACUGAAGCUGUUUGGUUUAAAGGAUUAUGUAUAUGUGCUAUUUUCUUUUGUUAUUUGGUGCCGCAAAAUAUUGAUUCUUAUGAAGGAUAAAAAAUUUAAACGUUGAGCAUCUAAUUAUCAUUACAAGUGGAACAAAACUUCGCAAUAAUGGUGCAGAUUAGGAGAGUAACUGUAAUGCACCUAAUUACCGCAGCUUUUCAAACCCCUCACAACUGAAAUGUAAAUAUUUGCUCAGUUAAAACCCUCGUGCGUUCAUUUCAAUAGGGACCUUACGAAACCACGACGACGACGGCAACGGAAACCUCAAAACAACAGUAGGGACAACAAUAGGUUUAAUGAGCAAAACAACAACUCCACGUGCAUCACGCUUUUUUGUACAUUUCGUUGCCUUAACUGCACAACUACGACAUGAAAUGACCACAUUUUAAGUUAACUUGGGAACGGGAACGGGAACGUCAAGACGAUAAAUUCUACCAUCUGUCUCUGAACUUGACCGCGUUCCCCUAUCCUCAGCUCCAGCCAAAAUCACCUUUUUUAAGUAACAGGGCGAAUUGGGAUAAUCGCGAAAAAGUUUAAAAUGAUGCGAAGUCUGUUUUUCAGCGACGUUUUCAUGGACGUCGCCGUUGUCGGAUCGUAAGGUCCCUAAUCUGACUUGGGGCUGCAGUGUAUUUUGCGGAAAAGCAAGAGUUUGUACAGCUUACUAUACUAAUGCCUUAACGAGCUUCAACUCCACAUUUCAGGCUCUAAGGUGAGGCCGGGGCUUGCUUACGUCCUUCUAGGGCCAACUUUACAAGAUAAGAUAGAGUGAGAUCUAGGCACUAGACUACUUUCUGUUCUAGCAAUCGGCGCCCCAAUCAAGAAAAUAUUUACACAAUUUCCCCUGACUUUAUCGCUAUUCAUAAAAAAAACUCUGCGUGUUAAAAGCUUUUUUUUACAGCAUGCUCUGCCUAGUAUUAAAGUGAAGUUGGUCUAUAUUCUCUCCUCCCUCCAGACGCCGUGUUCCUCGCACAUGAGGCGAUUAUCACACGCGCUCGCGUAUUUUGCUUGCUCAACAAUACCUGAGAAAAAUAAGGGCCGGAACAAAUAAAAGACUAUCUUUUAUUUCACUAACUUGCACUUCCUAAGUUGAAGUUAUAACCAAUACAAGUUGCUUGCUACAGGCAAACGAUGGGGCUGAGCGUCUACUAAAGAAAAACAGCUGAGAAAUCAAGAGGCGUUUUUCUUCAGUUUAUUUGUCGACAUUUAGAAGUGAUGCAAAUGUAAAAUUUCUUUAUAAAACCUGACUGAAAACUGAACAGAACUGUGAAGAAAAUAUCAAAAGAGCCAACUUGCCUCACGAAGAGAAGGUUUUUGGAUUUUCAUUGAAGCCUUCAGUUGGUUUCAUUUGCAUUCUAUUUAAUUGUAUCACAAUUAAAUACUGCGCGAAGAAACUCAAAUCUAGUGAUAAAAACAUCAGGGACCAAACAGUCCCUUAGGAUUGUCGCGCGGGUGAGCAUGUAACGUGCGAGCACGCGAGGCAAACGCGCGAGAGAGAAGAAGGAAAAGGACACACACACUGAUGUUAAACUUUUGGCCUGCGUAGCUGGCGGUAUUGUGUGCGUGCGAGAUUAAAGUUUUGGCGGCGGCGGAGCCGUGUUCCAAAAAAAGGGAGUAGGGACGAGGCGGUUGAAAUACCGCCUGCCAGAAAACCCCGGUAUUUUGAAUAGUCCGCACACCAGUGUGCGGGGAAACGGAUUGGUCGAGGGCCAUACAUAUGUCAAUCAUGUUAGAUGAGCCUUCGCAUAUGUUUCCCAAUUUAGGGAGCAGAUGGCAAACUGGAAAAGACGUACAUGUAAAGUGAUUGUGAUUUCCGCUUUAAAAAGAGCAUAAUCGAUGACCAAAUUGCCGAAAUGGCGUCUUUAAACUUCACAGCGCUGGAAUUGUCUAUAUUUAGCCGUAAGAAACAAAGGUCAAAGAAAAUUAAAACACUAUACAACUGCAUCUGAGAUCAAAUCCUAUCAGGAACACCUACAGAAGAAUAAAACACCGGAAAUGGUUACUCAGUAUGCAUGCAACAAACCAGCUUCAUGACCUUUUAAUGUUAAGCCUGCCGUUGCAAAAAAAGAUUUACUCAGUCAAAGUUUAGAAUGAUACAUGCACUGUGUGGUGCUAGUAACCUUCGCGCGAGAGCCGAGAAAAUAAAAAAACCCUCUGUUCAAGCAAACUCACAAUGUCACGUUUCACAUUAUCACGAGCUUAGGAGUCGUGUUUAGCCUGUCAACGCUUAUUUCUAAACUGUCUCGCGCGAAAAUAAUCGGAAGUUUCAAAUUGCAGGUUUCUCUUUGACUGGCUGAUUUAAUUGCGAUCAGCUAAGAUGACAAAAGUGGGCGGCAUUCGAAAAAUCAUGGUUCUCUGGCAGGCGGUAUUUCUCGCGGCUUCGCCGCUCGUGACGGCUCCGCCGAGCUUAGGAGUCGUGUUUAGCCUGUCAACGCUUAUUUCUAAACUGUCUCGCGCGAAAAUAAUCGGAAGUUUCAAAUUGCAGGUUUCUCUUUGACUGGCUGAUUUAAUUGCGAUCAGCUAAGAUGACAAAAGUGGGCGGCAUUCGAAAAAUCAUGGUUCUCUGGCAGGCGGUAUUUCUCGCGGCUUCGCCGCUCGUGACGGCUCCGCCGUCAAAUCUCACUCGACUAUAUUACAACGGCUCCGCCGCCAAAUCUCACUCGACUACUACACAAUACCGCCAGCUACGCAGGUUAUUAAACUUUUCGUAGUCUAACAUAAAGUUGUUUUAUGCUGAGCUUCCAUUUCUUAUCCAAUAGAUUCAACUCAUUAGAAGCUCUUGAUGCUCUGUUAAAGGUAGGAUCCUGGCCAAACACGGCUGCUAAAUACAGUGGUUGUACAGCGCUUCACCUUGCUGCUCGAUUUGGCCAUAAGGAGAUCAUCCAUCGCCUUCUGAACGAAAAAGGUUUGGACACUGAAGUCACUGACCAGCAGGAAAUGACGGCUCUUCACAUAGCGAUCAGUCGAGGAUAUCGGAAAAUUUGCCAAGAGCUCCUUGACAACGGAGCUAGUGUUACCAUAACAACUUCAAAGGGACGGACUUCUCUUCAUCUAGCGGCAGCGAGUGGUAGCACCGAUAUCGUAGCACUAGUUAUAAAGUCGGGUACGUACAAAGGGGACAAACUUAACCAGCGAUCAGGCGUUCUUUUUCCUUUUUUCUUUCUUUCCUUUUUUCUCUUUUUUUUUUUUUUUUUUUUUUUUUUCACGCGGCGGGAACGGAAAAGAAACGGGCAAAGGGAAAAAUGGGAAAAAGGAUCGCCUAAUGGUAGCUUAGUUAAAAGUUAGUUUACUUGCUAUCAGGCUUUUGUUCGGUUGUUGCUUUUUUGCUGAUUUCACAUGAAACAAAGUCGGAGUGGGAGUUGUUUUUAGGAGCGUAUGAGCAUUAUGAUCUAGAUCAUUGAAAGCGUUGCGAUUCUGCUUACAAAUCAGCCGUCAAUUUACUAAUGAAAACUUGUUCGUCCGACGGAGACUCGAGCAGAAGCGGAAAACCUAAAUCAAUAAAUCGCAAAGCCUAAAACAUUGAGCAGUGUUAUUAGUUUAGUCCGGUUUUCACUUACUUCGCGUUAGCGACGAGUCAUAAGCAAAGCAGAGUCGGAAGAAAAAGAAAACGUUCCGAUUCUUCCGACUCCACUGCACCGCUUAUGACUCGGUUUUUUUAGUUUUCAUUGGUCAUAUGCACUCUUAACGACUCUGCUUACGACUCCGAUUAAGUCGCUAGUGAAAAAUAGCCUUAGAUAACAUGAUUUUACUAACAACUUGUCAUAAAACUGAAGUUCAAAUAUAACACAGUCCUCAAUAAAAAUCGAAAGAAUUGUUGCCAUUUGUUGUCAGUUUCGUAUGGCGGAACUUCCAUUGAUCGGACAAUACCUACAUGUUGAAUCCUUUUUGUGUAUUUUUUUCUUACUUAAAAGAAAUUUUUCCUGCGUUGUUUAGCUCGAAAGAAAUUUGUCAGUUACCCUGGAAACGCUAUACAGUCUUCAAAAGACGUCCCUGAGUUGAUCCAGUUUAUUAACCAGAGAGACGCAUGUCAGAACUCGGCCCUGCAUAUCGCUGUGGAAAGGGGUACCUCGUCUAUGUGUCUGACCCUUCUACAGCAUGGUGCUGAUGUCAAUCUAGAGAAUAAGUGCCUUCACACACCUUUGUACGUGGCAACAAUCCAAAAGAACAGAGAGAUUCUGGAACUGCUCGUCCAACGAGGUGGAAACACGGAUCACACAGAUUAUAAGCAAAAGACGCCUUUGCACAGGUAUGUUCAAAAAGUGCCCGAAUUAUUAUUUCAGUGAGAAAAUAAUGGUAUCGGCAAACGUCUUGCUUCUCCGGGAAAGACUUAAUACAUGGUGUGCGGUUUUCUCUCUUUGCGCGCUGUCAUGGUCACGCUAUAUUUCAAUGGUUUCUUUCUCUAUACUUCCUACAGUCGAACCUUAUAACAUCGGCUUCCUAAUGGAAAGCGGGCAGUGUCCCUUUUUGAGAUGUCGCCGUUCGUAGUGGCUCUACUACAUUACAUCUUUUGCAAAAACAAUAUUGCGCACCUCGAAAAAACUAUCCAGUAUUUUGCAUUACCAAAAUGUGUACCCCGUAAACUGCGUUAGGUGGACUGCAAUAAAUAAGACGAGACUAACACGUGCAACUUCCGGACUUUUAAUUCCUAAAAAGGAAUGGCCAAAGGCAAAGACUGCUGAACUAUAAAGGCCUUAAAUAGAAAGAUGCGAGACAUACCGUAAGAAUAAAACUCCAUUACUUUGAUAUUCUAAAAGUCGAAAAACAGUCAGACAACUACUGAAUGAAUUUAGAGGUGUUCCUUGAACCCAAUUACCUACUCUUCCCAGCACUACAGACACAUUCUCUUUCAUAGCACAGUUACGUCAUUUCGCAACUUAAACAUUUCUUUUCGAUCUACGCAUUUCUCUCCGCAUUUACAGUGCGCGUAUCUCAAGCCGAGAUAAAGAAUGCGUCAUGACUUCCACGUUGAGACUUGACUGUGACAAAAAAUAUCAUACACGGGGCCGCUGAAAAGUUUGAAGUUUCAGUCAAUACACCUAAUAAAGUACUUCAGUUUAUCUUACUGUAUAACAUGAGAUGGGUAAUAAAAUAUUUAAAGCCGAAACUAAUAACCUUUUACUUUCGUUCUAUACGCGUAAUCAGUGCGGCCGCUUUUGGAAAUCCAGCGUGUGUCGAGCUUCUUUUGAGGAACUCCGCAGCCCGAGAUCCUAAGGACAUAAAUGGAAUGACACCUUUUCUAUGUGCAGUAGCAGCCGGCCAGACCAAGUGUGUUGAGGUGCUUUUGGAUUGUGGAGCAGAUAUAGCAGCUCGUGAUAACUUUCAAAGAUCCUGUAUUCAUCUGGCAGUGGAAAACAAAAGAGAGGACGUGCUUAAGAUAUUGCUAGAGAGGUCUGGGUCAGGACAUAUCAAUGUCCCGGAUAUGUAUGAGAGGACUGCACUCCAUUAUGCUGUGUCUUCUUCCAAGAUACGGGUAAUAAGAAAUAAAACUGAAACUAACGGGUAGAGCAUGCAAAUAGAUUCACAUUUGAAUUCUAUUACCUCAGCAUAGACAACAUACAGUACACGAGUGGGUAGGGGUCAGGCUCUGGUUGUUCAAACGUUUGAUAGCGUUAUCCACCGGAUAAAUCGCUAUCCAGUGGAUAAGAAUUAGGGAAAUCAAUCAUGCAGUGCGUUAUUUAUCCAGUGGAUAGCGUUAUCUACCUUUUGAACAACUGACAGAAAAACUGGGAAAGAGCCAAGAUGAAGUAGUUAAUUAAAUUUACAUUUAGUUUUAAGUUUCUAGUUUUAUUUGUUUGUUUGUUGUUGUUUCUGUUUUGCUGUUGUUGUUGUGUUUCCCAUUCAACGUCAUUUACAACACCUUGAUAUGAGUUGUUUGUCUAGAAAGGCCAUUCAAUUUUUCCUUCAAUCAUUAGGAAGAUUUGCAACUUGGCUUUCAAAAGUGAAAUAAGGACCCGGGUUCUUUGUGUUUCUUUAAGUGUUCAAUAUAAAAGAAUGCCAACCAACGGCACGGCAAAAUACCAGGAGUCUGACAGAUAAAACUAGGUUUGGUUCCAUUCGAGUUCAAAUAACUCCAAUUUGAUAGUAAAUUAAGUUUUAACGUCUUUUCAAAUUUCCAGCUGCUCAACAUUUUGUUGGAGAAGAAAGCAAAUUGCAUGCUUAGAGACGCUGCUGGAAAAACACCACUGGGCAUUGCAGCUGAGACUGGAAUGGCCCUUCAUGUCGAGGCUCUAGCUAAGGCUUCACUGGCCAGUCUUGUUCAAAGAGAUGCGGAUAACAGAACACCCAUGCACUUCGCGGCACUGAAUGGUAAAGGGUAGGUGCUCUAUGGUAGACACUAUUGGGAUGACCAAAAUUUUUGACAUUAGCCUUGGACCAGGCUCCGCAUUGGGGAAAAAAGGACUAAAAAAUCGGCGAGCGAAGCGAGCUGAGAGGUAGUCUAGGGAGGGGAAAUUUCCCCCUCUCCAGGCCACCGCUCGCCAAUUUUUUUCUAUUUGAUCCCGUUUUUUGCCUUUUUCGAAAUUCCCCCACCGCAGCUUGGUCUUAGGCUAGUUGACAUAAGUAAUAAACACACGCCUCCGCACAUUUCUAGAGGGUUUUUCCGCCGAGUUUUAAAUUGGGUUUAAAAAGUACUUCUUGCGAUGGGUUGAGUAAAAUUAAUUGAAUAAACUGCAGAAAAAGUAUAAAUAUGGAUUCAGCUCCCGCAACUCCAAUCUCAGCCAGCCCCUUCCUAAGACAAAGAAUGAUUCGUUCACUUGCUUUUGCAGUUAAAACUAUUUAUCAGGGUUUGAAAAUAACCUCAAUUCAGGCGUGUCCUUUUGAGCAAGCAGCUCUUACAUUUUGCUUGCAUGAUUUAGUUAGAGGAUAUAGUUUGACUAGCUUCUCUGAACCAUGUAAGCUUUUACGGUUACUUGCCCAGCAAGAAAAUACUUGUCGGCCAGACUAUUCGAACGGGCCUUUUUUCGAGCCCUGUAUAUGAUCUACGAAUGCUUUGUUUACAGUAAAACAAAGUCGUAGCACUGUUCCAAAACAUUUUUGUAUGUACACACGUCGAGGUUAAAUUCAAGGUUAUGACAAUUGGAUGCACCUUUCAAUAUCAAUCAUCUCUUACUUUUUUCUCGUAGACAAGUCUGUUCAAUUCUUGUUCAAAUGGGCGCAGACGUCAACGCCACAGACUCUUAUGGCUGGACUCCACUUUUGUUCGCUGCAAAAAACGGCUCAGCUGUUGUGCUACAAAACCUUCUGGAAAUGAAUGCCAACCUCGAUCAUGAGGACCAGUCCGGAAAUACAGCACUACUCAUAUCGUCGGCCAGAGGUCACGUGGAAGCAGUGCAGCUUCUUUUAAACAGACGAGCAAGUUUGAAACCUGCUGCUGACGGAUUAAACUGUUUGGAUGUGGCGAUUGAAAAUCAGCAAGCGGACGUUCUCAUGACCAUCAUUACAAAUCCCAGGUAACAUCUAUUUUGCGAAUGAAAUUUGAAACAACGGGCGUUCUUUAAAGCGCUACUGAAAUGAAAAAUCAAAUUGGCUAUUUUGCAGUGAAAACGUUUGAUCAAUCUUAGAUUAACUCUAAUUGUCAAUAAAAAUGCUUAUUUUCCAUCAAAAGUUGUUGUUAUCGCGGCGAAAAGUCAGGUAGGUAAGUGCGUCAAAAAAGGAAAUAUUGAGCCUGCGAAAUUCUCGGCGGAGGACCACGCGAGUGACGUCACAUGGUUGACAUCACAGAAGCGAAGGUCUCUUUCGUCUCUUUGGAGUUUACAGUAAACAUCAAUUGUUUAUGUCAUUCUUCACGGAAAAAUGUCUAGUUCAGACGAUAACAGUAAGGCUAUACUCACACUAUACCGCUAUAAAGCUCUCGCGCUGGUACGAAAACUAUACCGGAUAGGGCUUCUGUAUUCUUGACAUCCGACGACGACGACGGCACCGAGAACGUCAAAAAAGCUAUAAGUUUAAUAACCAAAACAACAGUUUUGCACGUGCAUUACGCUUUUUUGUAUAUUUCUUUGCCGUCACUGCAUGCACGACUACGUCGUGAAAAUGCCUAAUUUUACAUUUUACAGAGGAAAUACACGACUGAAGCGACGACGAAAUCUUCCUCUCUCUUUCUGAACUUGGAUAUGGUUCUUAGGAAUUCAACUUUAAGAGGGUUCACCAACAUUUGACAAAGUUAGUGACUUGGAGUAACCGCGAUGAAGAUUGAGAGAACGCGAACUUCCUUUUUCAGCGAGGUUUCGCUGCCGUCGCUGUCCUCGGAUCUUAAGGUCCUAUUAAACCAUUGGAGUGCAGUUUGAGGCUUAAAAAUUCUUGACGAAAACAUAAGUUUCAACAAAUAACAAUAAUGAAAACUUUAUUUGUGUUUUUGAAUGUACAAUUGUGAAUCUCGCUACGUAUAGGCAAUUUAAAAAUGCUGCUUGAGAUUGGAUUAUUAAAAAGAAAAACAAAAACAAAACGAAACAAAAGCCAAAAGAUGCAUUAAGUCUGAGCUAUCCCAGUUCCUAUUUCUACAACAAAAGAUGUAAUAUGUUGCUCUAAUGGCUAUAUUUAUCAUUUUCUUGAUUAUAUAACGUUGCUGCUUUUUGUCGAUGCCAAUGUCAUUCAUCAAUUAUAAUAAUAAUAAUAAUAAUAAUAAUAAUAAUAAUAAUAAUAAUAAUGGUCUUUAUUUCACAUAAGAUAGAUACGUUUCCUAUGUUACAAUUGUCAUGAAUAAUACAUAAUAAAAUAAAUAAGUGGAAUAAUCGUUAAAUCCUAACUAACUAUCUUGUAAUAAGGUUGUGUUAAAAUAUUUUCAAAUUUAUUUACAAAAGCAGACGUGAAACGUUCAGUAUAUAUCUCUGGCCGAGCCCAUUUUUUUUUUUACGGAGAUUGUAAGAAUAGACUUUUCUCUGACGGAGUGUAUGGAGCAAGUGGGUGAUUAUUUAUAAGUUUCUUAAAAUGUUUACAGUCUUGCUUUUCUAAGAGAUCCCAUAUUUGCAACUCUUUACCUUUCACUGCCUUUAGGAAAGUUCACGUCAGUUCUUAUCAAGAAAAGUGAAUGACUGAAAUCUUUCCAUCUGAGACCUUAACUGAGUUAGCUGAGAAAUUAUUAGUAAGAGUGGACUCCACUACCAGUUGAAUUUUUCCUAGCUGCUAUACACACCUGUAAACUGCGUGAGAAUCAGAAAUCGUUAAUCAGUUUUGUAUUUUUUAUCGAUUCUUUUUAUGUUUGCAGAUGGAAGGAGGUCUUGUCAGCGAAAAGCCCAGAUGGUGAAAACCGUAUGGGAAAGCUGAUCCGUUGUUUUCCAGAUGCCGCCAAAUUAGUCAUGGAUCGGUGUAUCCAUUGGUCUGUCACUCAACGAUCUAUCACGUAUGAUUUUCGUCUUCUCGAUCCAGGCCCUGACGAUCAAAGUGGAACAGACCAUAAACCAUUUUUUGGCCCCAUGGAAAUGGUGAAGGGAAAACAGAAAGACCUUCUGUGCCACGAUCUCUGUCGAAAGCUAUUCAAAAUUAAAUGGCGCACGUACGGAUGGGGUGUUUAUUGGACAAAUUUGGGUUUAUUUUCAUUCUUUCUUUUCCUUAUGACCUAUUUUAUGUUGACACAGCGACAGGGUAUUAAGUUCCAAAAGACGAUUGGUGACCCGGACGACAUUUUUGAGAAGAAAAACGCCUUCAACGAAUUGAUCCCAAUUCUGAUUCUGAUAUUUGCUUCAUUCCACCUGAUCAAAGAAUUUUACCAGAUAGCAACUCAGCGAAUGGCAUACUUCAAACACCUGACAAACCUGUUAGAGUGGGCACUAUACCUGUUCACCUUAAUCUUUAUGCUGCCUUACGUAUUCACCGGUCUGACAAGUCUUAGAGGAGAUCCCAAUGUUACAUGGCAGAUGGGAACAGUUGCUGUCUUUCUAGGCUACAUGAAUCUCAUAUUGUUCAUGCAGACUUUGGACUAUGUUGGCAUCUAUGUCACCAUGUUCUUUCAAGUUGCAUUGACGGUGCUUAAGUCAAUCAGUCUCUUUGCUUUGUUUGCCGUUGCUUUCUCCGUUGUCUUCUACAUACUGUUCAAGGAACAGGUAAUACCUAAAUAGUCAAGUAGCAGUUAGCCCGAGCCACAGACGGGACCAAAAUUCUUAAAGUCCGUCUGGGGGAAACAGCGCAACAAUCCUUGUUUUGGGCCCCCAACUGUGUACUAGGAUCUGAGUUGCGAGCCAUGAUUGGCGUGAUAAAAAUACCAUCUGCCAAUCAUGUUGAAGGGAAAACCGAAAGGCAUUUCCGGUAAUUAGUUGAGUCCGUUAGGGGUCCAAAAGAAGGAUAUCGGCGCUACUUUGCAGAGUUUACCAACAGGACCUUUCCAACCGGGGUUAGAGUACGUCUGCAACGGAGGCUUAGUAGUAAAAUCUUCUAAACGUUGUUGAUAGUUAGUUAUUUUUAAUCUGAAAAAGAGUGAAUGAGCACAAAAAGUUCAUUUGAAUAUGGGAGCAUCAAGAGUAGACUGGUUUUUCAGGAAUCACUGAUAAUUUUUUGCCCCCCAAAAAUUCAUCGCUCAGGAGAUAAGGAUAGCUCUAUCCACAAUAAACAACAAACGUCAUUUAGAAGUGAAACAAGAAGUUUGAAAAUCUUAUUACCGGGUGGUUGAAGUUAAAAACGUCCUUUUUACUCCAAGAAAAUCUAACCUUGCGUUUUUGCUCCAAAAUUGAUCCGUGUGAAAAAGUGUGACAUUCACCACGUGAUUUGUACAGUCGAACCUACACUACCAGCCACCUCUCCACGACGGCCACCCCAAUACAAAGGUAAUAUUUUUUUGGCGGGCAGUCCAUACAUUCACUCUUGUUUCAACCUCUCUACGAUGGCUACCUUCUGCUGUCUCCAAUGUGGCCGUUGAAGAGAGGUUCAAUUGAAUUACCAUUAUCACUCUGUUGAUUUCAAAAAGUAAAUACCAUUUUAAAAAGUUUCCAAAAUAUUUAACAUUUUUCACACUAUUUUUCAGGAUGCGUUCGACACAUACGCUAUGUCGCUUAUGAAAGUGAUUGUCAUGACAACGGGGGAACUUGAUUAUUCUACCAUGCUGGUGGAAAGCUUACACGCAAACAAUUCUGCUAACGAUGCUCCUCUGCUGCCUUACCGAGAGUCAUCUUACCUGUUCGUAGCGCUAUUUAUUUUUGCCAUGACAAUUAUUUUAACGAAUCUUCUGGUAAGUAAUAAGUGUUAAUGACAAGAGGUGGAUAUUUGCCUCACCUCUUACAAGUAUACACAUUGUUUACUUGUUGAGCACCAUUAUUUACAGACGAAACAUCGAAUUGACUGGGACUGCGACAUGUAUGACGUAUUCUACAGACUACUAUCAACGUCUUACUUUAGAAAGCUGGUUUACUAACUUAGAACAAACGCCACUGAAUCGUAGCCAACAGUUACCAGCGCCGUACAAACGACUUAUUGACGAGAUCAAGCAAAACUAACUACGAGAGAACGACUGGAGAACUGACAAUUUGACUAACAAUAGACGACUGUUUAACUGUGACAAUAGACGGAUCGAAACGCACCAAUUACUGAUGACGAGUCUUCAUAGCCAAUAACAUCACGACUUAACUGACAGACGACCAAUAACAUCGCAACGUAAUUGACCAAUCAGAUCAAUAACCAGAGUAUAAUACCAUCAACUGACGUGAUACAUCUCACUUUGACUCUGAAGAUGACUGCCACACAGGCUGUCGAAACGCCAGUCACUGAUAACAACAACAGUCCCAUUCAGGACUACGGCUGCAAGAGGAGUGCUUCGAACGAGUCUCCUUGUCCUUCACACAUUUCGUAAUUAAUCAAUGGCUUCUUUAUAUUUUUUACUUAUGCAGUCCCAUAGUCUUAACUUUCAAUUAAAUUUAGUAGUGAGUCACUUAGUUUAAAAACGAAAUUUAAACUGCUUGAGAGGAAUUUUCAUGCAAAACUGUGUGCUAAUAUAUUGAGACCAUGGUGAUGUGUGACUUCAGUAAACAGCUUACUAAGGGAUUUGCGGCUUUAUCGUUUGCCCAUACAGUGGACAUAAUUUUGAUCAAGGCCAAAUGACAGGAGCUUUGAAGGCGUUAAUCAUUCUUUGGUGUUUUGGUUCACAGGUCGGUUUAGCUGUGGGCGACAUAGAAACAGUUCAGAAAAAUGCUUUCCUUAGGUACAAAGGAAAGGUCGUAGACUUCGUCACUGGCAUCGAAAGAAAAUUUCCAAAGUGGAUCACGCGUCGACUCUACCGGCCUGAGUUGACAGUCACUGGGCGUAAAGUGGAAAAAAAGAUUACUUCACAGUGAGUAUAUUGUUAAUAAUUCUUCUUGUCAUUUUUCAAUACUCAAGAAGGUUACGAAUUUUAUAUAUUGAGUAGACACCAGAGAAAUUACACGUGAAAGUUAUUAUUAAUAAGUCGUUUACCAUGUCUCUCCGGCGUAAAUCUUCAUGGCCAUGGCAUGUCUGUCCUGUACACUUGAAUUUUGUAAACAAAUUGACGAAGUUUGCCUAAAGCAGUAUUUACCAUCAAAAGCUAUCAAAAUGCGGUUUUUAUGGCAUCUUCGUUGAGGACCUUUUGCAGUCCUCUAGGAUUCCUCAACUUGUCGCCAGGGUCGAACGUCCCCACGAUGCUGGCAGGCAGUAUUUUCAAACUUCAAUAACCCUGUUGCCUUUCUUGGACGAGGUAGUACGUGAAAGUAAGCCCAAGUCAUCACAGAACCGCUCAUUGGCAUGUUGCUGGGCAACAUCUUAGAGAUUUGAAGGCAAAGUCAUUGCAAAAAAAGUUCAAAAAAUGUAUUUACAUUUGGGUUUAUGUUGACGUUGGGGCAGGUACACGGGUUGAUGACUCUAGGGAUCAUAAUAAUCUUAUCUCGAAAAUGCCAGACCAUGUUGACAAUGUUGGUGGGUGGAGGGAGGGGGGUACUAGGGAGGUACACGUAUAGAGAAGCACAUAGAUGUUUUCAUUACAAUGGAAAUCACAGAAACCGGUAAAAAGUUUCUCUUUUAGACUAUUGUUCAAAUAGACCAUUGAGUUCUGUCUCCGAACUUGGUGUAGAAUUUAGUCAUGUUGAUUAAUUAUAUUAAUAUGAGUAUUAAGUAUUAAUAUAAGGAUACUUUAAUAGUGCAAUUGAGCCAGUGGUUUAACCUGACCAUCGAAAAUGGGAACUUUAUAAAAAUAUUGUAUUCCUGUUUGAUGUGUUUAACGCCAUGCAGUUUGAUGAAAUGAUGUAUAUAGUGCCUGCAUGUGCUGAAAAAACAUGCUUUCGUCUCACAGCUCAAUGGCAGUUACCGCCUAAUGUUUUUCCCUUUAUUUAAAACUUAACAACGCUAAUUUAUUUGCUUCUCAGAAAAUUUACAUUUAAAGACAAAGACCUCACGGAUGAAGACAGCCAGAGGUCCGUACAAGAGGAUGAUGAGAAAUUGGACAUACUCACCAAAGAACUAGUAAAGGCUAAACAACGGCAAACAUCGAUCAUUGAGACUAUGCAGGACCAUAGGAGCAUCCUUUUGGCUGUAGCAGCUAGAGUGGGUGUGGAUACUGGCGGUUAUGGUAAUGAUCAAGCCAGACGGGAUGUCAGCCUCUAGGGUGUAAAAUUUUACCUGAUAUCAGUGAAGGCUGCCGAUUCCUACAUACCAGUGCUGUCUUCCUUGCUUUCAGUUUCUUAGUUUGUCCCAUAUCUUUUUUUUUUUUGCGGCUUCAUGUCAAAAGGAAACAAAACUGACCUUCAGCUAGUCAAGUGAUGAGCCUCAUUGGCUUCAAAGAUCGAUUGUUAGUUGGAGCUUCGCUCCUUUAACGCGAGUGUGUGUCAGUCAGUCAGUAAAGCUACGGUAAAACGAGAAUCCAAAACGUGCAACUUGAAUUGCAAUUAUGCUGCUAUACGAGUUGAAAAGCGAUGUUUUACAAACCUGUCUUGCAAUAAGUUAAGUUGGAAAAGUAGAACUACUCUCUACUUUUUAAACAACUUUUCGCAACCUGCAUCAAACCUGAUUAGGCAGGUUUGAUUCCUAUGGCCAGACUAAACGCGCAACAGUCGCUAUUCAACUAGUUUAGCAGCAUAAUUCCAAAACAUGUUGUACGUUUUUGCUACCUGUUUCACCGUAGCUAAAGCUAUGUGGGAAACAGGGUUUGAAUGGCUAAUGAACGUAGACCAUCUGUCCGCUUAGCACCAUCACCUGGUUCAGGUGCUUUUGCAUGCAAUACAUUUAAUAAAAUUUACAAAUGUAAUGAAUUUAAAGCCCAAUAGAUUUCUUUGUUGAAACGUCGAUCCUUCCUUGAUGUUGGGGAUGGUAGUUAGUGCCCGUUGUGCAGACGUAGCCUUUAAAAAUUGGCGCCGGGAGUGUUUAGAUCUCCAGUGUGUCUUCUUAGCGACGAAGCCACCGUGCAAAGACUUAAAAUCUGAGUUUCUCCCAAUCUCCUUCCCAAUUGCCGCCAAAGACUACAGCAGUCGCCCACCUAUCCUGCCAGUUACCUAGUCGGGAUAGCUCAGUGGUCGACCUUUCAUUAUGGGCUGGGAAGUAGGAAUGUGAUGCGACACUGAUGUUUUUGGGAAACUUAUACUACACUCAACAGUUGUUAUUUUUGUAGCAGCGACGUUAUUAUCACAGACAACGGGUUAAAAAAAAUAAGGUCAGUUGCUAAUAAUGCUGCAAACAGUUGAACAACAAUUUUCGCCAUUUCAAAUACAGUAAAAGACCUUUCAAGUGUUUUGCAAAUAAUAUCGCAAAUUCAGGGCCAUAACAGAAAAAGUUUGGGAAUUUAUAGUUGAGAAAUACAAAAAAAUCAAAAACCUAAUAUGUGCGUUGAAAGCCUCGUUCCCAGCGUUCGCGGCGAGCCGUGUGGAGCUCAAGGUGACAUGACACGGGACGAUUCGCAAUGUUGGGACAAUAUUGCAGCCAUUUGAAACAACUGUAACAACAAUGUUGUAACGCGGUGUUGCGCUGAAAAUCGUCGUUGCGAAUCGUACUGUGUAACAUCACCUUUUAAGCAACGACGACGCCCACGGCUACGAAAACGUGGCUUUAAAAGGGCGAUUCGCGCUGCUUCAAACUUAAUCGAGCUUAAUUCCAUCUCGUUCAAUUCGUCUAAUGUCGGCAAUUUUUGCUGGAGUUGAAUUCUAAAAGCUCUCAAUCGAAGUUCGGAAAACUAAAAGGAAGGUCGUUAUUUUGUGUUCACGUCUUCCACAAAACGUGAAAUUAGUGAGGUAUUUUCACAUCGUAGUCGUGCUGUAACGGCAAAGAAAUGUAGAAAAAAUGAUGCACAUGCAAAGUUUUUGCUUUGCCAUCUUGGGUUGGAGCUGAAAAGUUCGGCAGAGGUAGUACUUUAAUGGGCUAUUGGCCCGCUUCCCCAAUGGUUGAGUAACCAUGGAAGUCUUCAGGGGUAAGUUAUAAAAAGUGACAAUUUCUUUAGGGGUAGAAUAAAAACUGAUAUGAAAUUCUUUGAGGGUGAAACUUUUCCCGAAAUUCUUCAGGGGUAGGACUCAUAUUCUUCAAGUCUUCUGGGGUGAAUGCAAUUUUAACCAAUUUUCAGGGGUAAGAAGAAAAGGUAGGCCCUCAACCCGGGGAAGGGGCAGGUGUAUCGCCUUGCUGUUCCUGCUAGUCAAGAAAACUUAAAAUGUGGUCAUAUCACAUUGUAGUUGAUACCCUGGUCCCAGAGGUUUUCUUGAUUUUUUUUUUUUUUUUUUUUUUUUUUUUUGCGAAAGAGAGAGCGAGCCGCGGUUUGCUCUCUCUUUCGCAAACAAAAAUUUCAAGAGAAACCUCUGGGACCAGGGUACGUACUUGAAGAAAUUCGCGUAAAGCCAGGGCUCCCUUAGCCUGCGAAACCAGCCGUUUCUCCUCGCUCAUUCCUCGCAAAACGUCCUCAGCGGCGAAUCGAAGAGCGAGGAGAAACGGCUGUUUACGCAGGUUAGGGCUCCCCACGCAUUUAAAACUAUUGCUUUUUCUGACAUUCCUUUUCUUCUCGCCUUCGUAGUUUCGCAAGGUCCCUACUGGAGACGCUAAAUUAAAUAAGUCUUAAAAACGCGCUCCACCGCUGCUUCAAGCGCUUACGGUAUCUCUGGUAUGCCUAAAACAAGCAAUCAAUACAUUUGAGUCUUCGCUAAGCAAAACAAAUGAAACGUGACUGGAGCAUCCGGGAUGUUUUGUUGAUAUUGAAAAGGUGCCCAUAGAAACUAUUGUUAUCCAGUGUUGCGUGAUAAAAUUGCAUGAUUUUGCCGUGAACUAAUACAUAGAAUACGUGUAGGUGAUGUGGUUUUCGUAUGAACUAAAUUAAAUAUCCCUUUAAGAUGGCCGAUAGAGAUUCGCCGGGCGAUUCAGAGUCCAACGACACAAAUUCCAGGAGAAACGUUGGCGGUUAUCGUAGUCUUAUAACACGAUUUCGACAAAGUCCAAUGGUUCAACCCAAAAAGCCUCAUUCUUUAGCCGGAUCAAGGCCUCAGCUACAAGAUGACUCCGUGCGCUUAGUAGGAAUGAAAAUGGUCUCCUUGACGGACGCAAACAUUGCUUUUCACCGCUCAGCGGCUCGCGGAAAUACAGAAGAAGUGCGAAAGUUUUUGAGUGAGAAAAAAGAGGCUGUAGACGCCUUGGACGAACAUGGUUUCACAGCCCUUCACUACGCCGCUCAACAUAACCAAGUUUUUAUCGUCAACAUGCUUCUUGAUUUUGGCGCUCAAGUGGCAAUUACAGCCAUGGAUGGAUCGACUCCGCUUCACCUUGCAGCAAGGUAAGUGAGUCACUGAAUGACAAUUUUCACAUUAAAAAAAACUUUUUGCAAUGCAUGUAUUUACGUGAACUUUGACUUAUUUGUUGAUUCAUUCCUUAGAGUGUUAAUGUUCGGCUCAAUAUGUCAUAUUUCGUAAUUGCUGUUAGCCUUUCGGAAGCGAAGUUAUGUUCAGGCGAUUUUAAGGUUAUGAAUGCAGCGAAAUACCGGUUAUCGUAUUUGCAUGAUGUCAUUUAGCCUGCGAAUCUUGCUCCUCGCGGCAACGGUCUCACGAAACGUCCCUAGCGGCUAGGAGCAAGGAGAGACGACGGUACGGCCGUGUACACUUACUAAGAUGCGCGACUGAACUAUUCUUAACCUUAUGAGUUGGGUGCCUCCACGUCUCCACUAAAUAUCGAUUUAGGUUAUGUGGAAAUAAAGAUCAAUGAAUAAACCGGAUACUUGAAAUUUAGAUUUGAACGAGACAAAGCGAAUGAAUCGAGCUGUUCUCAGCGGUCUGUUAUUCUGUUACAUUUCAUUUGUUUUCUUAAUUAGCCUGGCUUGAAUGUGACCGCUAAAUUACCCGAUCCUACGCGCGGAAAAUUUAGAACUAAAAAUCUGCUUGAAAUUGUAAAUUUCGCGCAUGUAAAUUAUGCAGACAAAGAAGAAAUAGUUGCUAAAUUACUAAUUACGUAUAUCGGCACGACUUCAAGAUAGAAUUUCUUUUAAAUAGCCCGUUUUAAAAAUUAAAAUGUGACGCUAGUCAUGAGUCGUAAGCAUUUCAAACUCGUUUUUGCAUCUCUGUGUUAAUGAGUAACUGAUUAUGAGGAUUUUCUGCAGCCAAAUUGAGCUGGACAUGUGUUUCUCUUAGUCUUCUUGUACCAGCGUAACUCAAAUGCUAAGACAUAACGUCCAAACAUUGCACAUGUUUACUUUGAUUCACACCUGUCAAAUCAAGAUGGAAGUAAUUAAGCUGUGGUCACGACAAUCCGAUAUUGACAGCCCAUAAUUUAAUGAAAGAAAGUUUCUAAAAUAUGUUUUUAAAAAAGGCGUGAAUGAAAUGAAUGAAUAAAUGUAUUAAAUCAUUAAACUGACCAAAAUCAAUAAAAAGCUAACUAAAAACUAUACAUGUAUAUAAAUAAAAAGAUUAAGAUAUAUCUAGCCGAGUUUAUGAAAACCGCACCAGCUGGCAACCAUCUAGGCCACACAGCUUAACUUGACUUAAAUAAAGGAUCUCAGCUCUUACUCAUUAGCCUCCUAAAGCUAAUGCGACUCUCUUCUUGGUUGCUGAUUAGCAAAGAAAUAUUCAAGCCUAUGAAAAAGACACUCUCAACUUGGCCAUCUCUAGCUGCUUUCAGGCUCUACAUGACAGAGACAGCUUGAGACCAAAGCUAGCCUUAAGCAGAGAAUUCAAGGCCUCAUCACCCCCCCCACCCCCUCCAACCCUGACCUGAAAUGGCCACGCAGCCGAGCACAUGGAGGGGAAUCCGUUCAUUGCGUCCAUUGGCCAAUCGGCCUGAAACAUUUUUAAGAAUUUGGCAUGACAAACUAAAAGCUGACACAUGAUCAGUCAACUGAUCCUCUAGAGAGCCUAACCGCUGACUAUACCACGCUUUUGCAGCACCCUUCCCCCGCUAGGGAUUGACGUAGAGGCCCCGUCCCAGCCUAUGGUAAGUUAGCUCAGGGACUGAACUAGACUUUCAAAAAGUCCUUCGUCGGAUUUAAUAUGUCGCGGGACUUCGUCGCUCGGUCAGCCGCUUCGUGGCCUAGAAAAGCUCGCUCGUUCACCAAACUAGUAAACUAGUGAGGUCGACUUGUAUCAAGUCUAGGACUGAGCUUGACGAUAAGACCAACUAAGACUUCGUGGGUACUAAAAAUUUGAGCGAAAAUGGCGUUUCCGGGAAAUUGUCUGUCUCAGAGGGGUUAUCCGUCGGAUACUUAGCGUCAGGUGGAUAAGAAUACCAAUUUCAGCACUGAAGAACACGUACCAACUCCGCGGUAUGGCCAGUACCUUACGCAUGCGCACAACCUUAUAACCCCGGAAGAGGCAGCCAUGGACAGCUGUUUCGUCCUCAUUAGGAUUUAUCAACAUGGCAUAUCCCUGGUACUGGCCAUAUCGCGGAGUUUGUACGUGUGCUUCAGUGAUGAAAAUAGAUAAGAAUACGUCCUAACGUGAAAAUGUGACCUGCGUGGAUUUUCUGGAUUUCAGGUGACGGGGAUGAUCGAAUGGGGGCAAAAAUCAUAACCCGAAACACUCCCUUGGGCUUCAAACAAAACCCCCAAAUAGUCUCUGAACCAAAAUUUAACCCCGAAAAAUCCUAUGCGGAAUUUCCGAGCCACAAAAAUUUCCAGAAAGCAUUAAAUGAUAUAACACGAAAAAUAGAAACAUUAGUUUUGAAUACCCAAAAAAAUACUUGCCCGAAUUUUCCUACUCAAAAAAAUCCCGAAAUAGAAAAUUUCAAACCCCAAAAAAUCCUUCGAUCAUCCCUGUCACAUGAAAUCCAGAGUACCCCCACGGGCUUUUUGGGGGAUGCAAAUCAAAAAUCCAUAGUUCCGGAUCUUGCCGUACUGUCACUGCUUUUGUUUUUUUUGUAUUAUUUAUUGUUAUUUUUUUCUCUCCUUUGUUCCGAAAUGAUUUGUUAGAGAAUCUAUCUCCUCCUAGCAAUGCAUCUUGUCUAUUCUAGCAUCUUGAGAUUCACUGAUUCGAAAAACCAAAAAGUGCACGUUGCUUAAACUUCCUGAUAGAGGUAGUGGAAUGAAACUCAAUGUUAGCGAAAGAAACUAGUCUUGUGGAAGAGAGGAUUAACAUGAGAAAAUAGAUCACGUACCGAUCUCAAGUUUUGUUUUCGAAAUACGGCAUUGGGCCGGAAAAAUCAACGGUCAUGAUCGGUUUAUCGAGAAACUUGCCCCAGGCAAGCAUGUUAGGACAAAGUAGAUUUAACCAUGCUCGCCUAGACCUACCUCACCAUUUGUUUACACAGAAUCUGUGUUUACUAUUUGCGCAAAAAAUGAAAAUAAGUUGUAAAAUAUUUUCUUUCCAGGUUCAAUUCCAUGGAAGCCCUUACCACACUGCUCGAUUCAGGAGCCGCAGUAACCUUGACCAAUAGCAUCACAGGCUACACUGCUUUACACGAAGCCGCUGCGUUUGGAAACAGAGAAAUUGUAGAGCAUCUUCUCAAAAAUGCUAAGGCUGAUGCAAAUGCUUCCGAUUAUAAGGCUGUGACACCCCUCAUGCUUGCCAGUGGCUCAGGUUAUAGUAUUAUAUGUGAAUACCUGUUGCAGUAUGGAGCCCUUGUUGAUUCUUACUCAGCAGAAGAAAUGACAGCUCUUCAUUUCGCCUCUGCUAAUGGAGAUCCUCGGGUCGCUCAGCAGAUUAUCGAAGCAGGUAAGUUCCCCGCAACCCCUGCCGUGCUGUGUAGGAAGUGUUCACUGUUUUGUUCAGGACGGUUCAACAUGCCCUCGUUUCUUUGGUUCCCACCAAGAGAACAUAAAUCUAUAUUGUUUCCUUUUAACGCAGUUGGGUAGCGGCAAACUAUUCUAGCUGGGGCCACGAUAAACCCACCCAGGGGGAGUCGGGGGGGGGGGGUUCCAUUCCGCUUUGUGGAUACCAAAAUGCUCAUUGUUUAUCGGCGCUCUAAUUGCACCGAGCAGUUGAAAACAAUGAAGCGCCGGAAUAUGUGUAUGCAGUGCAUUCUAUAGAGUCAGGAAUCUUCCUUUCCGGAAUACAGUUGAAACUCUAUGUGAGGCCACCUCUCGUAAGCGACCACCUAUUGAAAACACCAAAAUUUUCCCACUUAUAAUCAAAACCUCUCGUUAGAGAUCAUCUCUCAUAAACGACCUUAGCCUCUUUUAUAGUUUCUCAUCGCUUUUAACCGCUUGUAAGCGACCACUACACAUAGUGUGGUGUCUUUGUUCACGGUUUGUUAACACCAUGCACUUACAGUAUAUGAAGACCUUUCAGUGACAACAUGGCAUACGUUUACGUAACUUACAAAUUGCAUGCUACAAAUUCUUUUUUAAAAGGUACAUGUGUCGGGAUCUUUUCUCGAAAGAAACACCUUUGUUUUGAUCCGCGUAAGCGAUCACCUCCCGCCAGUAGAAGCGACCACUAAGUCUUCCCAUUUUGGGUGGUAUAGAUUACGGAAGGUUCAGGUUCAUUCACUUUAGUUCAUUUAACCUAACCCAGAAUAGGUCGUUGAGGAAACGUGGACUUUUCCUUGCUCUUUUCUUCCCGCCGGCGUCGAGGGCUCGCGCCGCCAAAAUGUUCCCGAAACUCGCACAAAUGGGCCUUCUAGUGGGCUACAUUCAACCAUACAGCAAGAACAAAUAUACCAGUGAACAAUGAACUACAGUUUCCCACUUUUGUACUUAUAACUGUUUCGCUUAGUCCUCAAAGAGGUAACCAAUUUUGUUGUACUUUUUUCCUAGCAAUCCGUCGGUAUUUUAAAAGGGAACCCUCUAAUGUCUCUAAGCCAGAACUUGAUCCCAACUUCAAGGAAUUCAUCAACAAAAAUGACUUAGAUGGAAGUACGGCCCUUCAUCUGGCGGUACAAACAGGACGGAAAGAGGUUUCCCAGGUUCUCAUUCAAUAUGGAGCUGACGUGAAUUGCCAAAACAAGAGCCUUCAAACACCAGUGUACUUGGCAGCGGUCGGUGGUCAUCAGGAUGUGCUACGAAUGUUGAUUUCACAAGGAGGUGAUGUGAAUGCAAAAGACAGCCAAGAGAAAACGGCGCUGCAUAGGUAACUCUGCUUUCGAUUUUUAUCCUUUUAAUCGUCAACUUUCUAAACUUGAGAACGUUUUACUUGUCUAUAGCUGUAAUUCUAGUUUUAUUGAAACUAGCACCAUACUGGAGAUAAUACACAGAAAAAAAGUCAAAGUCGAUCGCGUUUCUACACCUACAGUUAAGUGCCUUCCCUUUUUCACCAAACACCUGAUCGUGAUGAAACAAAAAUGAGAAAGGUUACUUCAAAUUCGAAAUUACUAUGUGCAGCUUUUCUGUAGUUAGAGGAUCGAUAAGUUCAAAACAUUUGCUGUCAAUUUCUCAGGAUACACCUACAUUUAAAGUUUUAUUUUGACCCAUGUCAGUCUCCAUUCAUUAGCUAUUCAUUGGGCCUGGAAUUGCACUAUUUCAGAGGUACAUGUUGGUUAAACCUCACAUGCAGAGCGCCUGCAUGUCAGGCGGAAACAAAGGCCACAAUUCCAGAAUUAAACUUAUAGCCGUUAAUUCGUUUUUAACUUUAUGCUUUUUUUUUCUCUAACUUAUCAGUGCUGCCGCUUUAGGAAGUACAAAAUGUAUCGAAAUUCUUCAUGAAAAUGGCGCUGAAAUUGACGUCAGGGAUCUCAAUGGACAGACGCCUUUCCACCUGGCAGUGGCAGCUGGUCAGACAGAUUGCGCCAAGUUGUUCUUGUCAUUUGGUGCGAGAGACUCCGCCCAAGAUAAGCAACUGAGAUGUUGCAUACAUCUUGCUGUGGAGCAAAACAGAGAAGAGACUCUGGACAUGCUACUGAAGGAAACUAGGUCUAGUUUAGUCAACGUCCCUGAUCACAAGCAACGGACAGCGCUGCAUUAUGCUUCUUAUGCCGAUAACUCAAAGGUAGUCAGUCCAUUUUGAUAUGCUCUGGCUUUCCCCUUAAGCCUCUGUAUGGGUUUUUCCGACGAAAUCGAAGUCGCGACGACAAUGGAUAUUGGUCAUAAUAAUGCAGCGAUGAUCAUAGUGAUUAAAGUGACGAUCGCCAUUGCCAUUUCAAUUAACUUUCACAGCGUUAGUCAUGCAAUGACGGCAGAGAAAUCUGCCAAAAAACUCGUUCCUUUUUUUAUUUUCUCCUUUACGUCAUCGUCGUGGUUGCGUAGAGCUCACUAGUAGCGUUACUAAGCAAACCAAUUCUCGAUAUGCGACGAUUUUGCCUGAAAAAUUGACGAUUUGAUGGAAAACGCGCGACGAAAUCGACUUUCGCAGGUACCCGAGGCUCACCCUUUAUUUCAGGUUAAAGUGCUCGGCUCAGGCCUUUUUCUUAGCUUUUUCUUCGUUUUCUUAGUCAAAUCGUUUGUCUUCCUCUUUUUCAAGUUGUUAGACUUGCUUCUUGAGACUAAAGUCAAUGGCUGCGUUAGAGACGUCAAGCACAGAACACCGCUGCAUUUGGCCGCUGAACGAGGGACAGCUCGCCAGGUGAAGGUUCUUACUCAAGCUGCACCAUCCUGCGUUUGGAUGCGAGAUGAUCAGCGGAGAACUCCAUUGCACUAUGCUGUUAUGAGUAUGAAGAGGUACAACAAUUUUCAAUUUUUACAAGAUCUCAAUACAAAGGAGCCUUUCUUUGUGAACACUUUCAUAAUAUAGGCACAUUGCUGUUUACGGACAGUUCUGUUGGUCCCAAAGUUGUCUACAGACUUCCUACAAUUCCUGCCUCUAUACAACAGGCACUCUAAAAUGGGGGGCACUAGGCUUUGUCCAUUUUUUGUCCGCAUUAAGAAGGUUUGGCUGUAUCGCAUAUUGUCGAGAGCGGAAGCUAUCAGGCGAUUCUAUAAUUUGUAGCUUCCCUCGUUUAAACCACUUUCAGUGUCUCUAAAAGAACAUCUCUCUAAGGCAGUCACUUCUCUAUUACGAACAGUUCGCUUGAACCCAAUCAUGUGAAACUUUAUGCAUUUCCACCUUCUCUCAUACGGCCAAUUCUCUAUUACGGACUGCUAGAUCUGUUGGUCCCAAAUAUAUUACAUUUCAUGCCAAAAAUCCCUACCUCUCUGAUACGGACAUGCACCUCUGCAUUGUGAGUAUCAGGCUUUGUCCCUUUGGUGCCCGUAUUAUUUUGAAAAUGGAAACUAUUGAUUGUCUCAAAACUUACAACUUUAAUAAACGGUCAAACUUCAUCAGUUGAAUAACAAAAUUCCACGACUAAUACCUACAAAUAAAUAAAUAGAUUUUGAAGAAAAACUGCUCUGCAUCAUGGAAGAUGAUGUCCAAGGCAUAUCUAAAAAGGUUACAAGAAUUUGUAAAUCUCGAGAACGCUGUUCCAAUUCACAGCACCGAUAUAGCUGAGUGUUUCGCUAAAUUGUGGUGUCCCUUUUAUUGAAUAGGAAAUCCUGCAAUAUACUGUUAGAAAUGGGUGCAGAUAUUAACGGGCCUGAUAUAGUCGGCUGGACACCCUUACUAUGGGCCGCAAAGGCAGGAAAUGUUGGCGUCACGGAGUUGCUACUGGAGAGAGGCGUUCUUGUGGAUCACGUUGACAUUGAUGGGAACGCAGCACUUCACGUAGCAGCUCACUUUAGUCAAGUAGAAACGACAAGGAUGUUGAUGAAUUAUGGAGCAGACUUGCUGAUGCAGAAUAAACGUGAAAUGACGGCUCUUGAGAUCGCCAUGGAAGCUCAGAACAGUGAAGUCGUGAUGGUGUUUGUCAAGCACAACAGGUUAAUUUAGUUAGCACGAAAUUACUAAAUGAGGACAUUUUACCUGAUUAUUCGAGUCAAGCGAAGGUCCAACUUUUGCAUGGCCAUGAACGUACCUUUACAUUUUAGUUAUCUUUAGACCUUGACUGUAAGUCCGGCAGCGGAGACCCGCGUCCAGCUUAGCUCAGUUCGGGGAGCGCCGGUCUGCUAAGCGGGAGGUCGAGGGUUUUAAACCUUGGCCGGGCCAACACUCAGGGUCUUAAAAUAACUGAGAAGAAAGUGCUGCCUUUGUAAUGACAUCAACAAAGAAUAAGACUUUCUAGUCUUCUUGGACGAAAACCCGUGUGUCCUGUCUCACAGCACUUUUAAUUAUCUGGAUCUAGUGGGACUUAAAAGAACCAAUACCACUGUUCGAAAAGAGUAGGUGGUGUGGCCAACCUUUCCUGGGCUGGGUGGCUUAUCCAUAAGGAGAGAUCUUACGAAAGGCAUACCUCAUGUUCCUUCGUGAGGUGUCUUAAUGGCUACAUGUAAACAGUGUAUGUAUGUGUAUCGAAGAUGUCCUCCCGCUUCGCAGUCAAGCUCUCUACCGAAUGAACUAGUCCCGCGUGGGCCUCUCUUAACUGCGGCUUGUUUCUCCUUCUUUCGAAGUUCCAAUUAAGUUGACAUGAAACUCCGUAAUCAGCAAUUACUUUACACAGUCACACAGAGUCAAAUAGAGCAACAUUAAAAUAAACGACUGCUAAGAUAAAUUUGGCACAGAAAGCCAUUUUCAUUCUCUCACAUUCUUUAUGUUCUCGACGUCGGUGCACAUCGACCCAUCAGGUUGAAAUAGUUGGUGUUCACAACUGCUUCCAUAGCAGGUAUUGGAUGCCAGAGAGGUUCUUAGAAUUUCCUCAGCAUCUGGUCGACUGUGGUAUCACCUUACUAGUUAGCCUGCGUGCAGGUGUUUCCUCUUUUCUAAGUGUUUUUUUCUAAGUUCUAUUUAUCUUGGUAAAUUUUCUCUCCCCUCAGCCUUCAGGCGGGCAUAGUAAUCGUGAUACUAUUUUGUCUACUUCAAAUGGAAAGAGCUAGGAAACGCCUGCAUACAGGCAUUAUUACGAUUUUCUUACUUCCUACUACGAACUGAUACGUUUUCAUCAGGUUUAAACGUCGUGUCCCCAAAUCCCUUCAGUCCAUAGUCAUUUCCAUCCUUUUUGUUUUGCAGAUGGCGAGAGGUAUUAACUAGCCCAACUGCCCACGGUAAACCAUGUCCCAUGGAGAGGUUGAUCGAGCAUUUUCCAGACGCGGCCCAUGUUGUCAUGGACCGAAGCAUUCAAAAAUCUGUUUCUGAACGUUCCAUAAAAUACGAUUUUACCAUCCUGGAUCCAGGUCCCAACGAUCAAAGUGGACCAAAUGGGGAGCGUUUCCUUGGAUUGUCAACAAUGGUUCAGCAUAAACAGCAAAUCCUUCUGACCCAUCCGCUUUCACGCAAGUUGCUCCUCGUAAAGUGGCGAAAAUUCGGAUGGCUUAUCUAUGGUGGAAACUUAGUUCUCUAUGCACUGUUUCUCAUAUUUUUGACCAUCUUUGUCGUCACGGAGAGAAAGACGGUCAACUUCCCAGAUCCGAAAAGAAAGGAUGAUCCCGAGGACGAUUUUGACGAGGAUGAAUUGUUUAAAGAAAAGACACCUUUCAACCAAGCAGUCCCCUCCAUUGUCGUAAUUUUUGCUUUCGUCCAUCUAGCCAAAGAAAUCUACCAAAUUUUCACUCAGAGGUUUCGUUACUUCACAGAAUGGUCAAAUUACCUGGAAUGGACUCUUUACAUCACUGCAUUUUUAUUUGUGUUACCCUACAUUUCCGACGACACCGGUAUCAGAAAUGAUUACAGUAUCUACUGGCAGAUGGGAACUUUUUCUAUUUUUUUCGCCUAUGUCAACUUGAUUCUGAUGAUAGAGCCUCUCAAGUUCUUGGGACUGUAUGUGACCAUGUUCAUCGAGGUGAUGAAAACUGUCCUAAGUGUUUUAACUUUGUUCAUCAUGUUCACUUUGGCGUUCUCAAUGGCGUUUUUCAUUUUAUUGCAAGAACAGGUUAGUUGCUUUAAUUAGAGUUAAUUGUUGAUGCGAAAGGCCAUUUUGGCCGUUAGCAAAGUCACCAGGGCCUGGUUCCUCGAAACAUGGUUAAGUUUAACCCAGGAUUAAGCCAAAUUUGAAGCCAGGUUUUCUUGUCUAAGAACAUGUAACGCGAGGUUACAAAAUACUCUGAGCCUUUACUACGAAGAAAAGAAAUGAUAACGCAAAAUGUUACUCUAGGCAACACAUAGGAAGGUAAAUACAAAAUGUGGAACAAAAUUUAAAUCCUGGAUAAGCGAUAAUCCGGCAGCCUUUCAGGAACCGGGCCCAGAUAAUCACAAGUGUCCCUGAAAUGUUAAGGUAUCACAUUCACCCCACGUCGGAAAUUGCAAGCAGUUUGAUAACCUGGAAUUUCCUCGAAAACUUUCAGAUGACCGUAUUCCAUCUAAAACCUGCAUUUAUAGUGUAUUUUUAGAAUAUUUUUUCCUCUCCAUGUCAUUUCAUUGCCCUUAAAAGUUGCAAUUCAUUCUUGUUGAACCCUGAUCCAGAAACUGCGAAAGCUCACCUUCCAUGUUUUCUGAGCACUGCGGUCGAUGUUACGAGCAACGUUAAGUCGACUUCAUACCUUUUCUAGUUAUUCGCUGUUAGGUUCGUGCAUACGAAAACGCUUUUUCUUGUGACGUCUUUCCUAACAAAACCGUUCCACCGUCAACUGACAGAAACAGCAACGUACAGUGCGCUGUAGUGAUCAAUGGGUGAUCCAGAAACACACUGAGUACCUGAACUGCCAAAACGCACCUAACUGGGGUAAAUACGCUAUAAAGAGAAAGAACCAUCUGUUGCUCUGUUCUGUUGAAUUACAGGAACAUCCGCUGGGUGUUUUUCUUUGUGAAAGGACUCAAGAGGACAGAUGUUCGUAAUAGUUGGUCUGUAAGGGUCAAAGGGAGCCGUAAUCUAGAGGGCUUUGCAAGGAAAAUUUGUUUUCUUGGGAAUUUUGGCAAAACGUUUGUCGAGCGAUUUAGACAGUUUAGUUUAUAUAUGUUUCUUUUUCUGCUUUGCAUAGCUGCACAAUAAAAUGAGCCAUGAUAAUUAACAAUUAAAGACGUUUGUCACACGCGGCUAGCCUCGUUCUCUCUACGAGGCUAGCGCGCAUACACAAAGCUUUUUAAAUCUCUUGAGACAAAAUGGCCGCCGUGAGACAAAGGUCUAUUGGACGAGGCACAGGCGGCCAAAGCUUGGUGCAUAAAUUACCGUGAGUUUCGAUACUGUUUUGCAUAUUACGAACAAUUUAAGACUUUGUAUGAGAAAUUCAAUAUAGUUGUUAAAACGUAGAAAUAUAGGCAUGAAUAUAGAAAUAAAUUGUACUUACGUGAACUUGGACCUGUUGUUGCUUCUUGUGUGUAAUCUGGACUCAAUUCAUGGCCAUUUUAUACGACUUUGCGGCUCGUUGUUUGUUUGGUGUUGUUUUCCUACAUAAAGCGAAGCAAGGCAGGUGACUGUGUGCAGUCUCAACUCACAAAUUUCUCCCGCAUCAAAGAACCGUGCACUGAUUCACCAUGAAAGCGCCAAAUCGUUUUUGGCCAAGUGAGUCUCUUAUCUCUUCCCCUUGUCAUGGGUAUUGCGAUGUGUCUUUUGUGGAAAAUUUUUUGAAAGUUUUUAUUCUGGGCGAUCUGACGUGCGCUCAGGAAACUCGAUGGCUACGUGUUGCGUGGUGAACGCGUACAUUUUAAAUGCGCUCAUCCAUUUGGAUAAUUCCAAACACCGCUCACGUGCAAUCAGCAGACUAUCUGAGGGUAGGAAGAUCCGUAUUUUGUAAUGCAAUAUUGACUACCCGGUUCCCCUAAGGCCAUGUUUCCGUUCACCACGCAACACGUAGUCAUCGAGUUUCCUGAGCGCUCAAAAAAAAUUCCCACAAAAAAAUACAUCGCAAUACCCGUGAUUAGGGGAAGAGAUAAGAGACUGACCAUGCCUGAAGUAUUUGACGGUUUCGUGGUGAAUCGGCAGGGCGCGGUUCUUUGAUGCGGGAGAAAUUUGCGAGUUGAGACUGCACACAGUCACCUGCCUUGCUUCGCUUUAUGUAGGAAAACAACACCAAACAAACAACGAGCCGCAAAACCGUAUAAAAUGGCCAUGAACUGAGCCCAGGUUGCACAGAAGAAGGCACAACAGGCCCAAGUUUACGUAAGUACAAUUUUUUUUUCCAUAUUCAUGCAUAUAUUUCUACGUUUUAACAACUAUAAUGAAUUUCUCAUACAAAGUCUUUAAAUCGUUCGUAAUAUGCAAAAGAGUAUCGAAGCUAGCGGUAAUUUAUGCACCGAGCUUGGGCCGCCUGUGAUGUGGCGAACAGAUAAAGUAUUUGAUUAAUCUGGCGAACAGAUUAAUCAUUAAUUAAUCUGCGAGACACUGACAAAUAACGAUAUUUUUGCGACAAUCGGGUUUAUAUAAUAAUUGUUUUAUCAGUCAUUCGAUCACCGAGUUUGUUUUUUAAACUCUGAGAGGUCAGCGAAGCGAUUUGCUAUUUUCAUGCAAGAGCGAUCGCAAGAAGGAGAAAAGAGUGGUUUCAUCUACGCAUGCGUAAAAUAUUAUUUGCAUCCUAACAGCUGGACGACAUUGCGCAUGAACAGAACUCCACGGUUUUUGUAGUUAAUUGAAUCCUGCAUGAACAGACCAUUAUUUCUAGGCAGUUAUUUGUAGGUCACAGGGUGAGCUCUCGUCCAAUGAAAAGGAAAAAAAUUGCAUUGAAUGAUAAUAUCAAGUAUCAUGACAGGUCGUACGAAAGAGGGUGAGCCGAACCAUCUGGUUUGUUUAUUAUUAUUAUUAUCAUUAUCAUUAUCAUUAUCAUUAUCAUUAUUAUUAUUAUUAUUACUAUUUUUUGCAGACGACUAACUAACUAUCCGUUCAUUCUUUGCAGGACUCUUUUCAAACAAUUUGGCUGACCUUUAUGAAAGUGACGGCGAUGACCACUGGGGAAAUAGAGUAUACUCCAACUGUCAUUGACCAGUUGGAGAAGACAGUGCCUGGCUCUUCCACCCCCUUGGUGCCAUUUGAAGAAUCAACCUAUAUCAUUUAUUACCUGUUCAUCCUGAUUAUGCCCAUAGCUCUCGUCAACUUACUGGUAAGCAUCACCCCAUGUCAGUAAAGGAUUCCAGAAUCCGGCAAAUUUUUGCUCGCGGAUACCGGAAUCGGGGAAAAUUUUGCUUGCGGAGUCCGGUAUCCUGGGCUUUCGAAUCCGGAAUACAGCUUAAGGAAUCCGGAAUCCCACUAACGAUUGGUAUCCACAAUCCAAGUUCCACUGAAAAAGGCUGAAAUCCAGUGCCUGUACUGUCUUAGUGGUGAUAAGCAUUUUCUAGAGUUAACUACUUCAUUGACGUUUUCAAUACGUAAUUUUUGAACAUAAUUAUAUGUUCGCAUUAAAACGGAACUUACUUUCAUAUGCGAGAGUUUACACUUGCCUUCAUUUGAAAAUGAGGGUAUUUGAAACUCGGAAUGGCCAACUGAAUAAUUCUUCCCCGGUGCCGGGUGUACAUCCUUAAAUUCACUUUGGGCAGGAGUGAUGGGCUCCUGCUUUGGGGGUGUGCUGCUAAGUCUUUGUCUUGGACUUUUGAACCUGUUUCAGACCAAAGGAGCUUUCCACAAGUCUAAACUGGCAGGCCAGAUCGAUCUUUCUGAAAAUGAGACAUAAGUGUCUUCUCGAAAUUUAAACUAAAACUUAUCACUGCCGUGUACUCUGUUUAAUAAUAUAAAGCAGAUCUGGCUGGAAAGUCGUGGUUAAAAGCAGAAUUCUCCUUACUCGCAGAGGACUGGUCUGGUCAGCCAGUUCUGGCAAAUGAUAAGCGACCCAAAAGAUAUGAAUUUGUGACCUUGUGUUCCAGAAAAUAACUAUGAAAAUAGGAAUAGUGUUCCUUUGCCAGCUCUAUUUCCGCCACUCUCCCGGUCUUCCCCGAGAAGAGAGAUGUUCAAGGGUCCAAGAGAAUCAUUAUCUCCUUCCGUUGAUCAAGAGCAAGAUGUAUAGCGCGAGAACGCCGUCGCCUUCCGCUUAUUUAUUUGUGAUUGUUUUGCUGAAUUAUGUUUGAAGCUAGUUUUCAAACGUUGAAUUUUUAUCACUGGUCGAAAGAGCUACUGAACCAAAAAAACUAACAUAACAAAUGUCUUUGUUCUUUGCUAGCAUGCCUAUAGUUGCAGUACAUGUGUUCUACUAUUUUUUACAAAGAUUUCUUUUAAAAUGAUGCAAAAUUUCACAAAAGCUUGGGGGGAGGGAGGGUAGAUGGUCUCCUAGGACCACUCCUAAAUCCGCCCGUGCAGGAGGUAUACAGAACAGAACUGUAGUAAUAUAGCUUUUUGCACUAAGAAUUUUAAUCCACAAAACACUCAAAGUUAAGAGACUAAAAGAGCGACAGACGCAAAACGUACGUGGAACUUAAGAAGACUGGGCACUGAUCUCGGUAGUUGGGCGAUUUCAUAACAUGUUGCUACUUGUUUCUCCACAGAUUGGUUUGGCAGUUGGAGACAUCGAGACAAUUCAGAAGUCAGCUUUCCUGAGAAACAAAGGGAAACAAAUCACGUUUGUCGCCGAUAUUGAAAGAAAGUUUCCCAAGUUCUUUACCAGCAGAGUGUAUCUACCUUCACUGAUUGUUCGAGUUGGCUGGAAAUAUACUGGAAUUAGGAAAUUUUGGACGUAAGUUUGUAUUGAUUUAUGUUCACUGUGACAUUAAACUAUGUCAGGCUAUUUGCCAUCUUUUUAAAAAGCUAAAACCACGUGUCUUCGCAUCAAGCGAAUCCUAAACAUAAUAGUCAAGUUUUGUUGUUUAAGACUAUAUCCAGGCAUUGAACUGCUAACUUCCUCUCGUCUUUUGCAUGAGUGGCAAACAAGGUCGGGUUGGAAACAUUGGGCCAAUGAAUCAGUGAAGGGUUCCUGCAAUGCUACUUUUUAUAAAAUGGUUAAUCCUGCCUGUUGAAAAGAGCAGAAAAAUUGUGUUUCUCGGCUUUCAUUUCAUAGAACAAAAUGGAAAAUUGUCAUAUUUUUAAACUUUUCACCCAAUCGACUAGCAUUAACAAAAACGAGGACAAUUUUGUAUUUUUUUCUAUGAAAAAUCAAUGCAGAAACUUAAAUGUUCUAUUAUUUUCAGCUACUGGUCCUAGUAGAGCUGUCCUUUUUGUAAAAAAGUAUAAUUGCCGGGGCCUUCAACGUUUUCAAGUUUUAAUGCUUUGCUUGCAAAAUUAGCAAAACGUUAUACUUGGUGCUCUCUGAUGAAAAUUGUUGAUAUCUUCUUUAUAAAUCUCCAGGAGCAAUGACUUAAGCAAAGAAUUGGCCUAGAACAGCGAUAUCCUCAUGAGAUAGUCCCUUUAAGCAGCUUUUCGGGAAAUUUUCAUAAGCCUCUCAUGCAAGGGUAUUUCAAUAACAUUUCUAGGCUGCGAUAAAUUAAAAACUGAAACGGUUAUUAGAGGUAGUUGAUGAAACGAUCAAAACUCAUUGAAAUUGCAGUUGAUAGCUUGUGAUUCGUUUACGUUUCUCUUUUCCCUCUUGUGUGGGUGGUCCGUACAUCGUAAGCUAAAUGAAGUCGGCUACCCCCAAAAGGGGUCAACCUCUUUCUUUCUUUUUUGUUUAUUUGAUUUUUCACUCAACUAUUUCCGAAGCUUUGGUUUUGGAAAGGGUCAGAAAAAUGAUUGGUGAGCAAAAAUUCGUGAAACAGCGCUUGCAGAAAAAUGUUUUACAGCGCUUAAAUGAAUUAGAAUAAAGGAGUCGAUAAGAGUUGAAUGGGGAUAGCACGAACUAGACCUGCCAUGAAAACAUCUGAUGAAAUUUAUCUGGCAUAUUUCUUUUAAUUAUAUAUUUAUUUACUCAGUUAUUUUCGAUGGAAAUAAAGAAAAAUUCUCAGUUCCAGACGGGUAUCAAACCCGGACAUUCCGUACACUAGAAGGAUGCGAUAGCCACUCAGACAGCUACUUCAGUAUUUGCGUUUUAAUUCCGUCCAAUUUUGGCAGUUUUCUAGCAAAAUGGACACCAAAAUUACCUAUGUUUGGAACCAUGACUUGUACAUGAGGGUGGCGUUUGCAUUUCCAUUAAAGUGUCAGUUGAAGCACGUUGUCCCCACUCCUCUCCCCUCCCCUCCCGCUAUAGAAAACGAAACCCAAACUUUUCCACUUUAGAUUUAAUACGUACAUAAAGUUCAAGCUAUUUAUUCGCAACAAUUUUACUUUAGGAUAAGAGCCAAGAAAGAAGAGUUUCAAGACGAAGACUUGCUUGGAGACAAUGACGGUGAAAUAGACGAGAUGACUCUGCGAAUUGACAAUUUAACACGAGAAGUAGAAAAAUCCAAACAAAGGCAGAAGAUAAUGAUGAAUGCUGUGGAUCAACAGAGGGAUAUUUUACUUGCUGUGGCUGACCAAAUUGGUGUGGAGAUCAAUUUACCGUCUCGUGUUAAGAUAGAGUGAAGCAGUUUAGAUUUCACAUCUGAAGCAUUUCGCAUGACUUGUGCUGCAGGGAACAGAUUCAUUGUUUGGACCGAAUGCUGAAGCCUUGCAUCGCAGACUAGCUGGCCUAAAUCUCAUUCAGUGGAAAUAUAUUAGCAGAUGAAUCACUGUUGAAUGAAGAUUCCAUCUGUUUGUGCGGUCGUGCAGACCUCUUUGACUUAUUUUGUAUUGCUGAACUGAUGUAAAUUAAACUUGGGGCAGUAUUAUAUACUUAUGAACAAGGCGUAAUACAAAGUAUUUAAAGGAAUUUCGAUACUAUUUUGCAAGUGUUAGCACAUACAUGGCAACAACUGUUUACGCUUACUAGUUCAUGCGCGCUUCUGAAGGACUUAUUUAUAUCUAUGCGAACAACUUUUUUAAUUGCUUUCGUAGCAUUGCAAAUUUUUAAGUUGAGCCCAAGGCAAGACAAGACAAGAACCGUAUUAAUUGUUUAUAUCACACAAAGAAAACAGAGGAAGAAAAGACGAUACUACUUAUGUAAAUAGCUAAAAAGCAGUAAUCUAGCUAGGAAGCAUUAUAGAAUAAUUCAAAAUGGAGGCACAAGUAGACAUCAUUGUAAGGUAAAAACAAAACAAACAAAAAAACACGCGCACAGGCUUGAAUCAUUGAAAAAUUGAGGAACUGGAGAAAACUGAUUGGGAAAGAAACAAAUCGUAAUAUGAACUGAAAAUAGCUUUUUUCAAAAGUUGCGAAGACCGAUACCCCAUUCAUAUCCACUAAACAUGUUUGAAAGUAGGUUGAGUUUGAUCGUCCGGGUGAACGUAGUCCUGAAUAGGACUUUUGUUGUUGACAGUAACUGACGAUUCGACAACCUGUGCGGUAGUCAUCUUCAGAGUCAAAAACAUAUUUAAUUAAAAAUGAAAACCGGACACGGAAAACUGGAGCACAGGUUCUUACACCCGUUUGAAAGGAAACUCAACAUGUUUUGUAAUUUGCACUUAAUUUGCAAAUUUAUCAACUUAAGUCAGUAAGCAGCUUUUAUGAAGGAAAAAGUAUUAAACCCUGUUCAACUAAACAACUUUUAAACAUGUUUUAGCUUUGGUGUGAAUGGGCCUUACGACAUGUUAUUAUUCCAAAGAACGACUCAAUUCUCAACAAAGUAAUGCAAAAUGUAGAUCAAAAUAUAGACCAACCUGGUUUUAUACUUGUGCCUGGAAGAUAUAAGAGUAAUCGAUAAAAUUACCAAAGGCGGAAGGCUGUAGAGUUGAAUGAAAUUCAAUAAAUUAACCUCAUUACAUUUAGAUCUCUAAAUAAAUUAGACGUAUGAUCAUUAUAGUGAGAAAAGGUGAUCAUUCUAACUACCUUCUUUUGUAAUACAAUUACAGGGUGGAACAAUUGUUUACGUUUACAAUGUUGCAUCACCCUAGCGUCAGAGAUCCGUUAUAUUUUUCAAGUCCAUGAGCGGCAUCUCCCCAGGUCCUCUCGGUCAGGGCAUUCGGGUGACGUAUCCGAGACGAACGGCCGUUUUUGCCUAGUCCCAGUAGGGCGUUUUCCCGGGCCUUUUCGGCCAAUUUACUUCGGUAACAUAUCCGAGGCGAAUAUGCCUUUUGUACAUCUCCUAUAAUACACCUCAUUUGCCCUCCAAAAUUUUGCAAAAGCAUUGGUUUCAAUUUCUGUUGGAACGACUGUAAUACCCAGGAGAAAUGAAAAACAAAGGUUAUGCAAAAUUUUGGGGGUAAAUAAGGUGCAUUAUGGGAAACAAGUGGUGUAUGGGUGGGAAACGCCUGGACAAAAACAGCAUGCGCAUAAGCAAGCGUGCUGCAUUGCUUUUUGAAAAUGUCCAAGUUUCUGGAGCUCUUCAAGAUUUUGCAAACAGCAGGAAAUUAUGGUUUUAAAACCCUUGUGGAUAUUUUCGAAAAAGUAGAUCGACUUUUACCGACUCUGAAAAGUCAUCCGAAUGCCAAUCACAGUCCUGUGAAGAUUUUUUUAUUUCUGCUCCUUCAAACUGAAUAUGAAUCGGAGUUUGUUUAUUACCGGCCGCAAACUUUACAUUGAAAAUCAUGCCUUUUAUGAGAAAAACAGUAAAAUUUAUUAGUUGCGUAUCAAGAAGUGCCCAAAAACUGAACCUAAAAGUAAAAAUUCGAUAUUAAAAAUUCGUCGACAUCUUCUCGCAAGUGAUGCGUGUAUGUAAAAAUGUAAGAAGCAUUAAAUUCAGUUUGGAUGCUGUAGUCUCAGGAUUAUGUUUUAAGCUCAUGUUAUCAAUGAAAGAACAAGCAACAACAGACAGAGAAAAUGUUUCUCGAAAUAUUUUAUUCUAAAACCUAUAAAUUCAGUAAUCCUUAAAAGCAAUUCUCGUAAAACUAACUGGCUCUUGGACCCGUUCACGCGACUCCUGCAUCUAUUUAAAGGCCACAGGGCUUAGCAUACAAGCGUAAAAUGGCAUCUUAAAUAUUUUCGAAUCCCUCUUAAUACACUUUGUUUGUCCCUAAAUUUUGCAUCAGUUAUUGCUAUCAAGUGCUCUUGAGAAUAUGCAGUCCUCCAGGGGGAGCCGAAAUUAGAGAAUUAAGACGUUAGGGGUACUGAGGCUCAAUAAAAUUUUUAGGCUUGCAGGUUUGUUUUAUCAUAUCAGACUAGCCUGUUUCAGGCGUCCAGUGAUAGUGGCGAGUGGUGCGAACGUGAGAGCGGAGAGACAAAACGCUUAGCUAGGGAGAAAGAAAGGAAGAAACGCGAUGUUAGUUGUCUUUCACUCCUCCCCAAUUCCACACCCCUCCUUUGUUU